UGUAGCUUGUUGGUCUGCCAUCAGGGGACAGGGUUCUGUGAGCUCUUGGGCUGAGGAUCUCUAAUUUGCUGCGUACAUUUCAAGGUUCAGGUUUCUUUCAAGUGUCUGAGGCAGCUCAACAGCUGUAGAGAGUGGUGUGAUGUCAAUACAGGGGCCUCUGUGAUGUCACUAGCUCAGGAGUUUUAGCGUGCUGAGCUGAUGUUACAGUUCAGGCCUCUGUGAUGUUUGUGGCUCAAAAAGUCUUGCUUGCUUAGAUGACACAAAUGCACAGACUUUGGUGGUAUUGCUGAGCCAGCAACCUCAUCACCUUGCUGGAUUGUUGGGCAAAUGCAGUUGUGUGUGAUUACUGGGUCAGCACCACACUUCCGUAGGGACUUUUCAUACCAGCUGUCUUCAGAGAUUGAUCUGAACUUGCUUUGGGUGCUUAUAGACUUUUGAUUUUCUGCUCUGCAAUCUUGGAGCAAAAACCAGAGUGAGUGCCAGAUCAAACAAGUUCAGAAGUACAAAUGGAGGACUGGUCAAAAGAAAUCUGUAAUCUGGAACAGCAAAGAGAAGACUUUUGUCCGAAAUUUCAGCUUUAUCCAAGUUCUUCAAGAAGCCUACAACCACAACAUGAACUGGUCAUCCAAGGCAAUGUUGAAGCAAUGAACCUGUCAGAUGUGCCAACAGCCACCUCACUCAGCAUUCAGAGUGCUAGUACCCAGAAUGUGUGUCUAGAUCAUGUUAUUGCCCCUUGUACUGGUGAAGAAUCAAGUAUUAUAGAAAAACAUGGUAGAAUGCUCUCUGACUUUAUGACUUCUUGGAAGGAGACUGGAGACCUAGAUAAAGAGACAAAUAUCGCAUUCCUUUUGAAAGAAUUGGAUGCUGUAAGGGCAAAGAAUAAAAAGCUUCAGGAUAAGCUGUCUGAAAAAGACAAGGAGCUGAAGACAAUAAAGCUGGACUUAGAACUGCAAGAGAGAGCUACAGAAGCUAAGAUUGCGGAAAAGACUGCAGCACUCGUGGAAGAAGUUUAUACUGCUCAACGAGAACGUGAUGAAGCUGUCAUGGCUAGACUUAGGUUAGCCAAUGAAGAGCGAGAUGAAGCACUUCUUCGAGCCAAGCAUUUGGAGCAGUCUCUUAAAGAGCUAGAAAAUAUUAACCCUGAAGAAAAUGACAUGACAUUACAGGAAUUACUGAACAGAAUAAACAAUGCAGACACAGGGAUAGCUAUACAGAAGAAUGGAGCUAUAAUUGUGGAUCGAAUACACAGGACCAAGGAGCGUAGAAAGAAUAUAACAGCUGAGGAAAUGAAUGCAGUGAUAGAAGAGCGGGAUGCUGCUUUGUCUCAAUGCAAACGGCUGGAGCAGGAGCUUCAUCAUCUGAAAGAGCAGAACCAGACUUCAGCAAACAACACGAGACAUCUGACUGCUGAAAACAAUCAAGAACGUGCUCUGAAGGCAAAGUUGCUAGCUAUACAACAAGAGAGAGAGACUGCUGUUCAACAGAAUAAAAAACUAGAAGAAGAAAUUCAGACGCUACGUGUUUAUUACAGUUUACACAAAUCUCUGUCCCAAGAAGUGAGGCUUAAGGAUCAGUUUAACUGUACUCUUAGUACAUAUGAAGAUGCACUGAAAAGCAGCGAGGAUAUUGUAACCAUCACACAUCGCCAAAAUGAGCAGCUAGCUACCCAACUGCAGCAAGCCCUAACAGAGCGAACAAACAUGGAAUUAAAGCUUCAGCAAGCUUUAGAAGCUUCACAGGAGGCCAACGAAAAAGUUCAAACGUUGGAAAGGCUAGUGGACGUCCUGAGGAAGAAGGUUGGAGCAGGGACCAUUAGGACUGUGAUCUGAUUGAAAGCUCCAGCCUAGGGAAGUAUUCACAUCUGGUGACCAGGCUGCUUCAUUCAGCACUGUGUAAACACUAAAGCCUUAACUUAGCAAACAGUUGUUAGAAGUGGGACACUCCAAUGACAUUCCAGACUGAGAUAAAAUCAAAUCAUAAAUGUUUAACCACUUUGCUGCUGAGUUGUGUUAUUUGUCAAACUGUAUCUCUGCAAACAUGUAUUUGCUUUAAGCAGCUGUAUUGUGGUAUGGUCAGUGAGUAUUGUGGAAAUCAUUUGUGUGCUGUUUUAACAAUAGUCUCUUCGCUCAGUUAACAUUGUCGGAUUGUAGUGUGCUGCACGGCAUAGCCCGGCCAUGUCACAUAUGGCCUGCUUCAGGGGCCAGUCCUGCAAAGUGUAAAGCUACUAUACUAUGUAUCAAUCUGCAAACAACUGAAUAUUUUAAUGUUGAAUGUAUUUCUUAAUUGAUAAUAGAGGUUCAGAUUCAGUGUUCUAUGUUAAUAUCAUGGAGAUGUUUUCCUUCUAAUGCACACUCAUAAUCCCUCUGUAUUGUAAUUGUUAAUCAGAAUUAUGUACACGCAUCAUGGGGAAGGUAGACACAUGGCUUUAAAAAUAAUUUUUAUAGCUAGCGCAGAAUCCUACUCCAGAUCCAUUUCAGCUCCUUAUAAACACGUAUGUACAGUUAGAUUUCACUAAAAGAGUAGAUUCAUUAAUUUGUAAAAAUGUAGUUACAUUGAUCAGUAUUGAAGCUGUAGAGAUGAUUAUUCUGAUUGUUAUAUGUCACUCUUCUUCCCUCUCCUAUGAAAAAAAAUCUCUACGGGGUUAAUACUCCACCUUGCUGGGGCAAAGGAACUGCCGUUCACCUCCACUGUGUAAGGAACAGCCUCACCUCUUCUAUAUCAAUCUUCUUGCCUUCUUCUUUGAAAUGGAAGCUCUGAACAUUCUGCUCAGCCCCCCUCGUCUGGCUUUUGUGUGUUUCUGCUGUCUUCUCUCUUUAGUGAUUGCUUUUAUAGAUGCAAUGAAAAAAGAGAAUAGAAGAAUGAAGGAAAGAAAUCUGCAAUAUGCCAUUUAAUAUGGAGAAUCAGACUCAGGGUCCUUCUUUCUGGUCAGACACUCGGCAUUCUUUGUCUGCAGACCUAGGCUCCUUUUGGUUUCAGUCCCCCAACUAGGCCACUUGCAGGGGAAGGUAGGUUUACCUCCAGCGCAUAGUACUUGUUAUGCCCCAGGAGACUCUGUGAGUGAUUCCUAACCACCCACUCUGCCCGAAGUCAGACUGUGAUUAUUGCUUCUGAACCUCCAUAGUCAUUAAAUCACGGAUGACCCUUUCAUGCUUCCAGACCUGGGAACUGGUAAAACCCUAGAGGAACCUAUGACUGCUGCACCAGGCCCUACUUCUUCUUGUGCUCAAAGUGAGCCUGUAAUUACUGUCUCGAAGAUGCUGCUCUCACUAGAUUAGAUGCAACUACUGCCCUAUUCUAAUAUCCUUACUGAACCCCCAGUGGUGUACUGAGUGGCAUGCCACAUGCUAUGGACACCCUUGUGCCAAUUCUGCUUGAGGGAAAUGGCCAAAUAAGGAAGAAAGAAGUUGUUGUCCAUGCUUGAGUGACCUAGCCAUCACUUUCACAUUUAUCUAGGUGUAUCUAGAAUUUUCCCCUUGAUUCCCUCUUAAGAGUAGGGCUUCUGAUUUUCAGUUUUAAGUGGUACAGCGCUCUUAGUACAAAAAAUGAAACUGGUGUUUAUCCAAUGAACACUGGAAAUGGUUACUUGUAUCUAAGGACUUGCCUACAUGGAGCAAUAAUGUGCUUUCUAAAGUGCACUAAUGUAUUACACCAGGGGUCAGCAACCUUUCAGAAGUGCUGUGCCGAGUCUUCAUUUUUUCACUCUGAUUUAAGGUUUUGC